AUGACUUCGCGUUUUUUUGCAGCUGGUUAUUCCGACUCAGACAGUGCUUCUGAAGAAGAGCUCGUCUCUUCGUCCGAAGAGGAAGAACAACUUGGAUCCUCCUCAGACGAAGAUCAAUCGGAAUCAGAUUCUGAGUUUGGUUCAGACAGCGACGACAGCGAUGAUAGCUCUGACGACGAUGGAGGCAGGAUUCGUGGGCCUUCUUAUUUCUUAAAGAAAUCACAUGAUGACGACGAUUCCUCGGAUGACGAGGACACCAAAAAGGUGGUAAAGAGUGCAAAAGAUAAGAUGUUUGAUGAACUUUCCAGUUGUAUUGACAUUGUGUCUCUCGCUCAGUUGGAUGGCGAUUGGAUCAAAGUGUCGAGUGAAUUUGACAGGCUGGUUCGUUUAGUUAACCGUGCGCAACAGCAAAACAUGGGUGUGCCAAAGAUCUAUAUCAAGGCAGUGGCACAGUUAGACAAGGCCAUCACUGAUGUCCAGGAGGCUGAGAAGGAGUCCAAGAAGAACAUGAACGCUUCCGUUGCAAAGUCGUUCAAUAUUGUGAGACAACGUAUUAAGAAGGUUGCCAAGGAACACUCUGCCCAGAUACAGCUAUUCCGUGCUGAUGAGGAUGCCUUUGAUCGUGAGACGUCCGAAACUCCUUCGGGCACAGCCACUCCAUCUAUUGAUGGCUUCAAGGUUGUUGGCAAGGACGGUAAGGCCACUGGUACGCCAGAGGUUGCUGAUGUCUUCAAGACUCUUGAGACCAUACUGGCCAGUCGUGGUAAGAAGAAUGUUGAUCUGGCUUCCCAGAUCGCUGAGCUUGAAGGAUUACUAUUGGAAACUACCGUUCCUUUCCAAUUGAUUUCUAUAUAUCUAAUGUUGAUUCCUCUCAGAUUUGAUCUUUACGGAAGAUCUGCUUACAUGCCUGUUGCCGAGUGGAAACUGGCCGAGAAGAACAUAACCGCGUUGCUGGCCGUUCUAGAGGCCAACGCGGAUAAGUAUGCUGUCACUGAGACCGGUGUCGCUACUGAGGACCUCAGCAUAGAGCCCAAGGCUAAUGACAAGGGUGUCAAAGUGAUGAUCGGAUCGGUUGCUUCCCUUGUCGAGAGACUUGACGACGAGUUGACAAAGUCUUGGCAGUCAAUUGACCCUCACGCUACUGAAUACGUGGAGAGGUUGAAGGAUGAGUCGUUAAUAUAUACUCUGAUCGUGAAGUGUCAGCUCUACUACGAGUCGAUCACUCCAGCCUCGGAGUUUGCGACCGUUGCUGGUGAGCAGCUUGCCAGAGUUGUCUUGAGAAGGUUGGACCAUAUUUACUUCAAGCCCUCUAAGUUGAUUAUCUACAGCGAAGAGGUUGCCUGGACCACCCUUGGUGGAAAAGCCGAGUCGGUUGUGUUUGGAAAGUACUCUGCCAGCUCAGAAGACUCCAAAUAUGCCAGCGGCCUGAUCGAUGCUCUCUGCUCCGUCCUUUACAAGCAGCCAAACUCUGUCUUCCGCAAGAGAGCCGUGCUCUCUCACAUCUACUACUACGCAUUCAACGAUGAGUAUUUCAAGGCUCGUGACAUGCUUCUGAUGUCUCAUUUGCAAUCCGCUAUCCACACUUCAGACACACAGCUCCAGGUCCUUUUCAACAGGGCCCUGGUGCAGCUCGGUCUGUGUGCUUUCCGCUCAGGUUUGAUUGCGGAGGCCCAACAGGCCCUGCAGGAGAUUGCCACUUCUCCAAGACAGAAGGAGUUGUUGGGUCAAGGAGCUCAAAGAUUCCAACAACAGCAGACCCAAGUCGACAAACAGAGACUGCUGCCAUUCCAUAUGCACAUCAACCUGGAAUUGCUUGAAUGCUGUUUCUACACCGCCUCGCUUUUGAUUGAGGUUCCAGCAAUUGCUUCUUCUCCAGAAUACAGCAGAAAGCGUCAACAGUCCACCAGGUCUUUCAGAAGAACCUUGGAGUACCAUGAAAGACAGAUCUUUGAAGGUCCUCCAGAGAACACCAGAGACUACAUCAUGGAUGCCUCCGUGGCUCUUCAGAAAGGCGACUGGCUCAAGGCCAGCGACUUGUUGAACUCCAUCAAGAUCUGGGGUCUGUUGAAGAACCAGGACUCGGUCAAAGCCAUGUUGCGUGAAAAGCUCCAGGUUGAAGGACUGAGAACUUACCUUUUCACGUGCAAGAGCUACUACGAGAAGCUCUCCAUCGCCAGUCUUGCUGCCAAGUUCGAGCUUCCAGAGAGAAAGGUCAACGCCGUGAUCUCGAAGAUGAUCUACAGUGAGGAGAUAAACGCAGCACUGGACCAAAAGGCCGGCUGCAUAGUCUUCAUCCAAGGGGUUGAAAUCACUAAACUACAAGAGUUGGCCCUGACGUUGGCUGACAAGGCUGUCCAGAUGGCUGAGCGCAAUGAAAGAUUGGCUGCUGGUGGUCACCAGAAUAACCAGAUAGGUCACCAGGGCAACAACAACUCUGGAAACUCGAACAACACUCAUGCCCACAAUUCAAACAGCAAUAUCAAACUGGCCCCUGUUACUGGGGCCUUGCAGUCUGCUCCAGGCACCAUUUCCGGUGCAUUGAACGGCAUGGACAGAAAGUACAGAAAGAAUCAUUCACGUAAGUAA